GGAUCGCAUCACACGUAUUUUUCGUACGUUUUAGACCAAUAAGCGGUGGUAAAUUACACAUACUUCCGAAUGUCCGAUUUUAACUUUUAAUACAUGUAUGAAUUCUUUGACAAAUUAACUACGCUUUCUAGGAAGUCGAUUUUCAAUUUUCAAUUUUAAAAAACCAUAAAAUUAAGAUAUUUUUUUUAAAAAUCUCAUGAAAUAAUUGCAUUACAUUUGUAUUUAUUUUGGGAACAUCUGGCUUUAAAUCAAAAAAGUGGUUCCUACAAAGCAUAGUUUAGAAGCUCAGGAAUUCAACCCUUUUUUCGAAAUUACAAUCGAACUUCAGGAAGUAUGUUUAAUUUACUACCGCUUUUAGUAGUUUUUAUAGGUUAUGCACACAAGAAUAUAUUUCGUUUCUUGCGAUUUAUUGACUUGUGCGUGCGCGUGCGAGAAUUACAUUCGCCGGCUGCCCGACGCGGCGCGACAGUGAUUCUCGGAAAUACUUAGCCGAUAAGAGUUACUGGAUAGGUAUAGAAAAAUAAUACUAAUGGGCAACAAUAAUAAUGAUUAUUUCCAAAAUUAUAUAUAUUAUAAUAAUAUGUACAACCCAUGUAUAUUUCAAAAAGAAAUAAUAUACUACCUAUCACCUAUGUGCUAUGAUUUAUAAAUCAUUAGACAUUUCAUUUCAACACUAAGCGCCGAUCAGCAAAGUUGUCUGUAAGUUAGUAGUGUUUUGAGUUAUUUUUUUUUUAUUUUUUGACAAAAUGGGUAAAGACUGGCGUUUUGGGCAAAAAACUAGAUGCAAGCUAAGUGCACCUAGGACAAAAAAAUAUCGAAUUAAAAAUUUACAAUUAAUUAAGAAAAAAAGUGAUAUAAAUAAUAGCUGCAAUGAUCAGGAAAAUACACAUUUACCAGUAUCUGAAAAUGUUACGAUAAAUGAAAACAAUAUAGAACUUCCAACUGUCACGAGGACUAAAACCAAUGAUUUAAAAUUUAUGAACGCCGAAUCUUCGUAUCAUGACAACUUUGCCUUUCAAACUAAAUCAUUUUUUGCUUCUACUCCGUUAAACACAAAGUUAUUUACUGAAGUACUUGGGGAGGAAAAUAAUAGUGCAGAAAUAAAUAACUCAUUUAAUUGUCUAGAUGGGAGAAGAUUGGUCAAUAUUAGAUAUAUUUUUGAGUCUAUUCAAUCGAUAAGACACCAAGGGUUUGAUUGUUCAUUUCGUGACUUGGAAUUUACUAAAGAGAAAAGGAAAGGAUUUUGCAGUACUUUUUGUUUUACUUGCAAAGUAUGUGGCUCAAUUGAAAAUAUUAAUAGUGAAAAUCCUUCUGAUAACAUAAAUAUAAAUGUUAAUAUGGCCGUUGUAUCUGCCGUUGUAUCUGCCGUUGUAAAUACUGGUCAAGGAUAUGCCCAACUAGAAGAAUUUGCUGCAACUUUGAAUAUGCCGGUAAUUUCUAAUAGGAUGUACCAAGAAAUGCAUUCAAAAGUGUUUCAUUAUACCCACAAAAUGGCUUUGGAAGGAAUGUUAUUAGCAGGGAAAGAAGAAGGUAGGUUAGCUGUUGAAAGGGGUGAUGUAGACCAGCAAGGACGUCCUAAAAUAGCUGUUGUAGCCGACGGUGCUUGGAGUAAACGAUCCUAUAGAACCAACUAUAAUGCAUUAUCUGGUGUUGCUUGUAUUAUUGGAGCAGUUACUAAAAAAGUUAUUUUUUUCGGAGUCAGAAAUAAAUUCUGUUGUGUGUGUUUUUCGGCCAAAAAGCUUGAUAAAGAGGCAGGGCCUCAUAGUUGUUUUUUGAAUUGGGAUGGACCUUCAACAGCUAUGGAAGCCGACAUAAUUGUUGAUGGGUUUAAACAUAGUUUAGAGAUGCACAAUGUUAUUUAUUCACAGCUAAUUGGUGAUGGAGAUAGCAGCGUUAUGAAACGUUUACGCAUUGCCAAACCCUAUGGACCUAAUUGCAUUGUAAAAAAAGUUGAAUGCAGCAACCAUUUACUGAGGAACUACAUUAACAGAUUACGAGAUUUAACAAACAAAAGAAAAAAUUCUAAAGGUGAGCCAAUACCGGGUUAUCUCAGAAAAAUUAUACAAACUCGUCUAUUGCGAUUACGGUACGCUGUCACUGAGGCUGUAAAAUAUAAUCAACAACUUCAGACAAAUAUACCAUACGAAACCAGAUUGAUGGUUUUAAAAUCAGAUUUGGUAAAUGGGCCUAACCAUGUGUUUGGGGAUCAUACUAACUGUAGACAGUACUUCUGCCAGGGCACAAAAGAAGGUGAAGAUAAUCUUGUAGAUGAGUUAAAACGAUUUGAACUAUGGGAUGAUAUAACACGUGCUAGAAAUUUACUGACCUACCACACGGAAAGUCUUAUGUAUAAUUUUAAUAACAAUGCGGCAGAACUUUACAAUUCAAUAUUAGCCAAAUUUAUCGGCGGAAAACGGGUCAACUUUUCUCACAAAGGUUCUUAUGAACUUCGCUGUAACGCGGCAGUUACAGCUUACAACGAAGGGGCAAAUCGUCUAUCUUCGUUUAAUAAACAAAUAACUGAUAAAAGCCCGGGAAUGUAUACUAAACAUUACAUAAAAAAAAGUGAAAGGAGAAUCGAAAAUCAUAACCGACGUCGUUGCCUUUUUAAAACAACUGAACGUCCAAAAACUGCUGUCAAACCAUUGACCAAUACCGGACCAGAUGAAAAUUACGGAAAUGUAUUACAUGACCCGUUUUUAGAUUUGACCGAAAGCCAAAUUGAAGAGCAUAAACGUGAAUACUUGAAUAAAUUAUCAUUAUCAAAGAGUCAAAUAAAAAUGUUGGAAAUGAGAACGAGAAGGCAACACCAGUGUGAAGAAUGGUAUAUUGAAAGGAAAAAACGUCUUACAGCAUCCAUUUUCGGGAAAGUGUGUAAAAUGCGUGAUAAAACGUCACGUGCUAAAACUGUAAAUGAUAUUUUAUUUGGCACAUUCACUGGAAAUGCCGCCACUAGGUAUGGAAUUGCCAAUGAAGUAAUUGCUAAAGAACAAAUGGAAGACAUUCUAAAGCAAAAAAUACAACCGGCAGGUUUAAUUGUUGACAACAAUAUGCCAUUUAUAGCAGCCUCCCCUGACGGAAUAUUGGAUGAUGAAUCAUUAAUUGAAAUUAAGUGUCCAGCUAGUGCAAAAGACCUUACACCAGAAGAUGCUAUACAGGACAAGAAAAUUAAAUGUUGCUCAAUUAAGGAUGGGCAAUUGUACUUGAAACGCAACGAUAAUUAUUAUUAUCAAGUACAGGGUCAACUGCAUAUCAGUCAAAAAACUUAUUGCUACUUUUGUAUAUGGACCCCAAAAGGUUUGAUGUAUGAAAAAAUAAAACGAGACGACGAUUUUUGGAAAAACAACAUGGAAAUCAAAAUUAAAACGUUUUAUUUAGAACAUCUUUUACCCGUGUUAACCAAAGAGAACUUGCUGCAAUAAAUCUACCGCAAUA